GCAUGAGGAAGUGCUCCAGCUGCAGCUCUAGCUCCCUCAAGAAGAGCACUAGUGUGUGGUGCUGGAGAUUUAAGAUCCUUUGCUGCCAAGUACACGCGGGGCAGCUACAUCCUUGUAAUAUUUUAAAAUGCCAUGGGUAACUGUUGGGCCUUCUGCGUAGGAAUCUUCAGAAGAGAGGCUAAUAGGAUCCAAAGAGGAGGCGGGUCCAAAUACUUUCGCAGCAGCAGCACUGGGGAGCAUUAUACAAUAGAGUUUGAAAACCUUGUCGAAAGUGAUGAGGAGGAAACCCCUCAGCCGUGCCUAAGGCCCAUCAGUGAGGAUGAGCUGAAGAACCUUCGGGAGCAUCGGUAUGCUGACAUCUCUAAGAAGCAGGUCCUGAUCGACCAGAAGCUACAAGCUGAGUUAGAGGCACAAGAGGAAAGGUUGAGGCUAGAAGAGGAGGCUAGAAAUGCUGCCCAGCGGGAGGCCGCCAGGUUGGCACGUGAACGAAAAGUGAAGGAGCUCUUGGUUCAGAGGACGAGGGGGAAAGCAGAUGGGUGCGGCAGCGAUUCUCAGCCGAGAAAACAAGCUGGGGAUGGUUUCGACCCCUCUCUCCAGAAUGUCAAAGCCCAAUCUGAGGUUUUCAGAAGCAAUAGACUUCCCUCCGACACGAAUGUGGUGACGCCUAACACGGAGCGCAGCUGGGAUUUCACCACCAAGACACGCUCCACCAAUGAUGAUGCCACUUCAUUGGAUCUGGAGUGGGAGGAUGAGGAGGGAAUGAACCGAGCGCUUCCAACCUGGGAGAGAUCUCGGACCGAAGAAGACAUCUUGCGCGCAGCCUUGGGACCCGGCAGCACGCAAGCGCACAGUGGCCCGACCUCGACCUCUGAGGACUCAAACAUGCUGGAGUGGGAGAAUGAUUUUGUGAGUAGCCACCUGGAGGACAAUGCAGACCCGGAAUUUGAGGGUUUUGUAAAUCCUGUGCUGGACACUCCAUCAGAGGACACCUCAGACUAUGGCCAGGACAGAUAGUGUCCAGCGCAAAAUGAAACUUUUGCCGCCACCUCACAUUUACACGAGCUCACCAGCCCCCCCCCGCCCGGUCCCCAUCUCAUGAAAUAAAUGUAAUUCCAUACUCGUCAUAUUGUGGAAUAUGAUGAAACGGAUGCUACACUUCUCUUCAAACACAUUUCUUUUUCGGUGCCUUCAUUGCUGAUCGUUUUCUGUAUUGUAGCUGAACAAUUGCAGACAUUUACCAUUUGAGGAAUGAUCUUACAACCAGAUUACACUGUCCACAUAAGCAGAGUUGCCAAACUAUUCCAAGGAUCCUUGCAACUGAGCAGCAAUGAUUUACUUCCACCCCCCCUCCCCCCUUUAUGAUUAAGGUUCUUAACAUGAAAUGUGAACUAAUCCUUAGACCAAUUACAACAAUAUCAACCCAUGAUGCCCAUUAUGCUGAAAUGAUCCCAUCGAGCAGGCUACUUAUAAGUUAACCUAUCAAAAGAAAGAUAGCUUUUUGGAAUUUUUAAUAUGUAAGUACAAUGUGGAAAAGUCAAAUUUUUCUAAUCAAAUCACACAUUUUGAGUCGUAAUGUUGCAGCUGCUAAAAAUGUGAGCACAAGAGCAUUAUGAUGUUGUCCAGUCUUACAAAUUUUAAGACUGGGAUUUUAAGUUAAAAUCUCAUCUUUUUGCAGGUCUCCUCCCCAUCAUAUAACUAAUUGCAUGAUGGGAAAGAAUUGCUAAUUUAACACAAUAUAAUAUCAAUAUUUGACAAUUUGCACAUAUGUAACAUGUAUAUUAAAGUUACCCUACUGACAUUUGAAUACAUUUGGAUUUAGUUCAAUCUAGUCUAGUUUUCAAUUGUGAGAACAAAGUGUUGGGCAGGGAUUCCUAUUUGAAUAGAAAGCAAACAUGAAUUAUCCUCAUCAAUUAUGCUGGCAGUUAACAGCCUAAUUAUCAGAAAAAUAAAUAUUGAUUUUUGUUUUGCUGGCAUUGCUCCGAAUGUAAACUUGGUCUGUGGCUGUUAUCCACUGCAAUCACUGAAAGCAAUAUUUUGGGCUGAACAUGACCAAAGACCAUGCCUCAAAUUGAGAUGUUGAUCAACUGUUGCUCCACACAUCAUGCGUCUAUCAUCCAACUUUCAAUUUUCUAAUAAUUUAAUUAACAUGUAUGCUACAGCAUGACACCAGUAUACCUAUAAGUAGUCGUUCUCUUUGCACUUCACAAUGUGAUUUAGGAAUGUUGAUGCUGGAGAAGGUAGCUUUUACACAUGAUAAUCUGCUGACUUAACACAACAAUUCCAUCAUGUUUUAUGUAUGUGUGCACCUUUUUUUAAGGGAAACUAGCACGUUUUGUAAUUGUUUUGAAGUCACAAUCACUGUAAUUUAUUUACAAACUGGGUGUAAAAUGACAAACUGAAGGAUGUCAAGUGGGACUGUCUGAGAAUGCAUGGGCUCGUUCAAUUAAAGCUUAGCUUUGUUUUAUUGUUGUACAAAAGGCUGUUCCAGUUUUUUGUUUACAUGGGUAAUCCUGCAAAUAAAACACCAAAGUCCCGUU